GGGAGGCGGGGGCGGGGCCUAUGACAUCAGGCCCUCAGCUUGAAUCAGUGUAGAGAGCUGCUGCUGUACCGAGAUACGCAUAAUCAGUCUGCAAGGAGUGGCUGCUGCAAGGCGCCCGGAUUCCGUCAGCAGCCGCAACAAGCCCUGGCUUCCUGCAUGUACAGCUGAGGGCACUGCGCAAGGGAUUACAAUGCCAGUGCAAGCGAGGCAAUGGAAUUGUUAGGAACUGAUGAUGAUAUAUCCGAAAUGUAGCCCUAAAUGAAAAACACUUUAGGUUUCACAAGCCAGAAAGGAAGCUAGCCUUCCUUAUGACAAGAUGUCUGUAAGAGAGCACAGUCCGCGCCAUGGUGCCAGGCCUCGCUCCACUAUCGAUGUCAGCUCUGAAAUGAUGGGCUUGUCACUGGCGGGAAACUUCCAAGACCCUGAUGAGCCAAUAUUAGAAUUUAGUUUAGCAUGCAGUGAACUUACUACACCAUCACUGGAUCGAAAACCAAAUAGUUUUGUAGCAAUUAGUGUUACAACUCCACCUCAGGCUUUCUGGACAAAACAUGCACAGACAGAGAUCAUAGAGGGGACAAGCAAUCCAACAUUUCUCAGCAGCAUUGCCUUUUUCCAAGACUCUCUAAUUAAUCAGAUGACCCAGAUCAAGUUGUCAGUCUAUGAUGUUAAAGACAGAUCUCAGGGAACGAUGUAUUUGCUGGGCUUUGGGAAGUUCACUGUAAAAGAAGUUCUACGGGAGAAGAAUCACAGGCUGUGCUUACCACUAUGGUCUGCCGAGCAAGAACCUGUGGGUAAAAUCACAGUAAUAGGCUGGCAAAUGGAGGAAAAGACUGACCAACGGACUGCUGUGACCAGAUCACCUGAUACCAUUAAUGGAAGGACUGUUCUUCCUGUUGAUGAAAGUUUAACAGAAUCUCUAGGAAUUCGGUCAAAAUAUGCAUCACUGAGGAAAGAUACAUUACUGAAAACAGUGUUUGGCGGGGCAAUAUGUAGGAUGUAUAGGUUCCCUACCACGGACGGUAACCACCUGCGGAUACUGGAGCAGAUGGCUGAGAGUGUGCUCUCUUUGCACAUUCCCAGACAGUUUGUGAAGCUGCUUCUGGAAGAGGAUGCUGCCAGGGUUUGUGAAUUGGAAGAACUCGGGGAGCUCUCUCCAUGUUGGGAAAACCUUCGCAGGCAGAUUGUGACACAGUACCAAAACAUUAUACUGACAUACCAGGAGAACAUGACCAACCUCCAUCAGUACAAAGGUGUGUCAUUUAAAGCAAGUAGCUUAAAAGCAGACAAAAAAUUAGAAUUUGUUCCUACGAAUUUACACAUUCAGAGAAUGCGAGUUCAAGAUGAAUCUGCAUCAGAUCAGAAUUAUGAUAUAGUAACAAUUGGGGCACCAGCUGCUCACUGCCAAGGCUUCAAGUCUGGGGGCUUACGGAAGCAGCUGCACAAAUUUGAAGAAGCUAAAAAGCACAGUUUUGAGGAAAGUUGUACUACGUCAUGCCCACAGUCUAUUGUGUACAUACCGCAGGAUAUAAUUCGGGCUAAAGAGAUCAUUGCCCAUAUUAAUACGCUAAAGACUCAAGUCAGUUACUAUGCAGAGAGGCUGUCCAGGGCAGCCAAGGACCGAUCGGCCAAUGGACUUGAGAGAACACUUGCCAUCUUGGCUGAUAAGACUAGACAACUAGUCACAGUCUGUGACUGCAGACUAUUAGCAAAUUCAAUACAUGGACUCAAUGCUGCUCGACCAGACUACAUUGCAUCCAAAGCCUCACCUACAUCUGGUGAAGUCGAUCAAGUCAUGCUAAGGAAUGACCAGGACACCUUGGUGGCAAAGUGGACUGGGAGAAAUAGCAGGUCUUCUCUUCAAGUUGACUGGCAUGAGGAGGAGUGGGAUAAAGUAUGGUCGAAUGUGGAAAAAAGUCUAGAAUGUAUUAUUCAGAGGGUAGAUAAGCUUCUACAGAAGGAACGUUUGCACAGCGACAGCUGCGAUGAUGUCUUUCAGUGUGAAAUCAGUUGUUCUAGCAAGAAAGGUAAUCUGAGAAAUCAAGCAUACUGGAUAAAUCCAACAGCCUCCGAUGACGAGGCCCUAUCAUCUCCAUCAUCAUCUCCAUCAUCUCCUGCAUGCCAUCCUCCCCAGUUUACAAAUUCCAGUUCGGCAUCUGAAGAUCCCAGCCCAGGUGAAUGGAGUGAAGCCCUUUACCCCUUGCUGAGCACACUUACGGACUGCGUAGCCAUGAUGAGUGACAAGGCAAAGAAAGCUAUGGUGUUCCUGCUGAUGCAGGACAGUGCUCCCACUAUCGCCAUGUAUCUCAGCCUCCAGUACCGCAGAGAUGUGGUCUUCUGCCAGACCUUAACAGCGCUUAUAUGUGGCUUUAUUAUCAAACUAAGAAACUGUCUUCAUGAUAAUGGAUUUCUGCGGCAGCUCUACACAAUAGGUCUUUUGGCUCAGUUUGAGAGUCUCCUAAGCACAUAUGGAGAAGAAUUGCCAAUGCUGGAAGACAUGAGUAUAGGAAUCAUGGACUUGAGGAAUGUAACAUUUAAAGUAACUCAAGCUAUUUCCAAUGCCUCAUCAGAUAUGCUGCCUGUUAUAACUGGAAACCGUGAUGGAUUUAAUGUGCGAAUCCCAUUGCCAAGUGCUUUAUUUGAUGCUCUUCCACGUGAGAUUCAGAGUGGCAUGCUGCUAAGGGUUCAACCAGUCCUCUUCAACGUGGGAAUCAAUGAACAACAAACGUUAGCAGAAAAGUUUGGAGAUACAUCCCUUCAGGAGUUAAUAAAUAUGGAGAGUCUGGUGCGGUUAAAUUCUUAUUAUGAGCAGUUCAAAGAGGUUUUACCAGAAGAUUUUCUUCCUAGGUCACGUAGUCAAACCUGCCUCCCUGAACUGCUUAGAUUCCUUGGUCAAAAUGUUCAUGCACGAAAAAACAAAAAUGUGGACAUCCUGUGGCAAGCUGCAGAGAUAUGUCGAAGGCUGAAUGGUGUGCGCUUCACAAGCUGUAAGAGUGCCAAGGACCGUACAGCUAUGUCGGUGACACUGGAGCAGUGCCUUAUCCUGCAGCAUGAACAUGGAAUGGCGCCCCAGGUUUUCACACAAGCGCUAGAGUGCAUGCGAAGCGAGGGCUGCCGUCGAGAAAACACAAUGAAGAAUGUAGGAUGCCGCAAAUACGCAUUUAAUUCUCUACAACUAAAGGCUUUUCCCAAGCAUUACAGGCCUCCGGAAGGAACCUACGGCAAAGUGGAAACAUAGAAUCUGUUGAAUUCUUCUGUACCAUUAUUGUUCAUAUUCAAACAGAUUUUUUUUAAUACUUUACUUUUUAAAGCAACUUUUAUUUUAUUAAACUAAGCAUGUGUUAGGACUGGUUAUGUCACCUUUGCUAGAAGUACUGCCCAUAAGCUGCUCAUGGGGAACUGUGAAUCCGACACGUCAAGCAAAAUGGCUACUUCCCUCCUGAACGAGCAGUGACCAUGAUAAUGUGAAUAGUGAUGGCCUGCAUUUUAAUGGAGGUUUCUUGUCAGUAUUCCUGUUGUUUUCUUAUGCUGUAGCUCAUUAUGACUGUGUGAUUGCACAACACCCUCCAGUAGAGUAAGUAGGAAUCCACAGCAUGCUGAUUAUGAGAUUACAGCUGAAGUGCAAAUCAGCAGUUUUCUUAGGCUUUUAUAUGUUUCAUGUCUGUGUUUAAUGGUAAAAUAGAAAAACAUGACGGUAAAUCUGUUUCAUUAGGAAGUCAGAAUUGAAACAUUUAAUUUAAAAGCUAAAGUAAAAUGAUAAGGAUUCACCAGCAGCAAACAAGCUUCAGAGCAAUGUCCAAAGUCUAUUUACUUGUAAGCUAUUUUCGUCAAUCCCAUAAAGCAUCUUUUCAGCAAAUAUUCUAACUCAUUUUACUAAUGCAUAAAGAGAAAGCUUAUGUACACCCCAGUAUUGCAAAGCAUCCUUCCCUGUAGACUUGGCAUGUUAACAUUUUACCUCAGCAGAGUGCUCAUUUUGGCUGCCCCAAUGUUCAUGCUAAAAAGGGACACUUAAAUGAAAAAUACUUCCUAUGUUGUCUUUUCUUUUUUUAAAGGGAUAUUCUGACUGUACAUGUUGUGUACAAAUUUGUUCUUCUUAUUUUAAAUGUGUAGAAUCAUGGCGGAACAUAGUUCUUAUAAUGGUGUGCCUAGCAUCUGCUUCCUUAUGACACAAAUACGUCGUGUUUUAUUCUAAUAGCAUCCAGUUAACGUCACUGUUUAAUAUUUACAACAUUAAAUUAUGAUAAAGCUGCUGUGUGGAUAAAACAAAAUGUAAAGAGAAUACAAGACGAGUUAUCCAGUACUGGCAGGAUUUUUUCAUUCCUAUUUAAAAAAAAAAAAAAAAAAUCACUUUUUUAAAAUCAUAUUUUCCCAGAGCUGUUUUGCUUCCAGGGUUCCUGAUCACUGCUUUGGAGAUUGGCAGUUUUGGGUAGGAGGCAGGCACAUGCACGUGUACAUGUGGAGCUCAAUUGUAACAAGCUGCAGACACCUAUAUCUGAAUAUAACCAUUUCCUUUUACCUGGAUUUUGAACAAAGGUCAAGAAAUGUGUUAUAGGGGAUAUAGAUGGUCCUGCCUAUUGUAGGUGUCCAUAUAAUUAAUUAAGAAUCCCCAUUCAAAAACAACUGUGCCACAGUGAUAACACGGAAAAUAACACAACACUAUUUAAUAUGUAAAUAACAUAUCAUUUACUGUAGUCAUGAUUUUUAUUAAAGAAAAAGUGAGUAGUAGUCGAUUAUUAUGGGGAAAACUAGCAGGACUGCAAAAGUACCAAAAUGUGUGUGUUGUAGGUAGUGUCAGCCUACCAAUAUAUUGCCCGUCCUUACAGGUACCCAAGAUUACUUCUGGUGGCCAAAGACUAGCAUUUAUUGUCUGCACAGUAAGUGCCUCCUUGGAGCUAGACUGUCUCCAAGGCUGAACCCUACAUACCCCUCUGCAUAGCUGUAUAGCACAGCAAGUUCUAAUUCCUCCUUUCACAUACCUCCCAACAUUUUUAAAACGGAAAUAGGGACAAAAACAAAUGCCUUGCGCAGCGUAGCAAAUUUUUUGACCACGCCCAUUUUUUCAACAACACCCCCUAAAUACCACUCCAAUUUGACUAAAUCUGGCUGGUUAUUUAGAGUUUGAACACAUUUCUGAGGGUCUUGGGGUCCUGUGUUAUUACAGUUUUGCUGAAAAAGGUGAAAUUGCCCUUUAAGCAAGUCUUAGUUCCCCUAAGAGACCUGUUUAGCUUAUUAGUUACAAUUGUAUCUCAGUGCAGGGGGGACUUUUUACCUUUCUGGACUCUCAGCCCAAAACCCACUUGUUUAAUUAAAAGUGAGAAACAAUGUUUCUAAGUGCAGGUGACGCUCGUUAAGAUUUCUUGGCUCUCUGCCAAAAGCUACUUUUGAUUACAUUUGUAUCUUUUUUAGCUUCAGUGCAGGAGAUCAAAGGGUAAUGAGGGACUUUUCAGUAACAGUUGGGAGAAAAGAAAUGUAUCUGUGACAGAUAAGGUUAUGUGCUAGACUUUAAUAAUAUUUUGCAAAUAAGUAUUGUAAAUAGGAUAAGAGGAGGAGUUCCUAGAUUGCUGCUAAUUGGGCUAUGACAUACGCCAUAAUGUGAUACCAGUGGCGCUGCAAGCAUCCAACUGGCAAUAUUUACCUGCUGACAGCUAUUAAGAGUGGAUUGGGCAGGAGAUGAUUUGCCAGGAUUAUAUAGAAGAAGAUGCUGCUUAGAUAUUCCCAAGAAGCCUUAAUGUGAUUAGAUGCUACGAUUUGACUUCAAGCAGACAUCAUUUUUAUUUCGAGUAUGUGCCAUGCAGGUGGUUGUUCAGAAGGUAGAUAUGUGUUUCUGUUAGUUUUCAGGAAAUAUUAUCUAUGUCUGUAUGCCGUGCACGAUAACAUGCUUAGAAAUUUGCAUUGGAUUCCUGCUCUCCUGUAGUUAAGGAAACAGUGUAAAGAUACAGACAUGAAAUAUAUAAAGAAAUGCUUUAGAAGCAAUGAUAAAAAUAGAUUUUUACAAAUGUAGAAACAAAUGACGUAUCUCUAUGCUGUAGCAAUUUGCAUUUCAUUAGUAAAACCUUGAAGGCUUGCAACACUUUAUAUUGCCUAUAUUGAUAUUAAUGUUAUGUUUAUAUAAGCAUGAAGUAACAUUCUUUCCAGAAAGCUGAACAGGAACCUAUCACCCUAAUUUAAUAAUCAGUUUUUAAUAGUGCUGUGUUAUUUUCUAUAAUGUGAGAUCAUAAUUUGUAAUUUUCCAUUCUUGUGAUAAUAUCCCAAAUUUGUCAUGUAAUCCUUUAUCACUCACAGUUUUGCACAAAUCCUUCCAAGCAGUUCUAGAGGCUUUUGGCCAGUAAUGUCAGAUUUAUUGUAUUAUUUCCACAUACAUUCAUAAGCCUUAGCUAUACAAUUUUGUGUGCACUCCAGAUUGCUUCUUAGUAAACCCUGCAGAUAAUGUUCUGAUGAAGAAAUUAAAUAUCAGCCUUAUUACUGUAAACCAGGGAUCUAGCACAUUCAGCUGUGGCCUUCCAAACAACUUCCAUCAGCCAGUGGCCAUUGGGCAAUACCUGGGAUUUGUAGUUAGGCAACAGCUGAAGAAGCACUGGUUACAGAUCCCAGCUUUAAACACAACAGUGGUCUUUUUAUUAAUGAAGUUUUUGUUACAGUAACAUUAUGUUAAUUCUAUUACCUGUUCAUCCACAUGUGAAGUAAAGUUAUGGUUUUCAUUGCCUUUGCAGUUGUACAGAUAUUCUAAUAUUAUUGAAAAUUUAAUACCUUUCUACUUGCCAAGCACUGUACACUUUAUUUAUUUAAUUUGGACAGUAUUAUAGUAUAUAUGGUUCUGGUUUUUUAUCGUUUCAUGUAAUGCUGUAAAUGUGCUAGUCUUUGGGAUGAAAUAAAGGACUGACCAACA